GGCUCCUGUGGUUCUUGAUUUGUGAAAUGUGAAUGCCACAUUCGCUUGACGUCUGUUCGUGUAGAAGAGUGUCAGACUCAACAACGUUCCAGCACUCCAGGUGAAGAAUCCGGCGAGAAAGAGAAAUGGCUGCCGAAGCGGCGGCGCUCGUCGCACACCAAGAACACUGCAGCCAAAAUGACGGAGGUACUAUUGCGACGUGUCAAGAAAAGAAAAAUUGCGCCGGACCCUACUAUCCCACGGACAACCACAGCAUUCAAAUGAUUGUCCGUCUACUUCCCGAUUUGGUGCAGAACCUGGGACAGGAUACACUUAGACACGGUGAAGGUCUCAGCAGGACAAGCAAGAAUGCUGUACCAGAUGAAGAACUACACCCCAAAGAGUACGAGCACUGUUUCGUCGACCUCGGAUCUGGGGAUGGCAGAGUCGUGCGGGAAAUGUGGAACCGAUUUGGCCGCGGCAAACAUCCAAGUUCGUCUUCCUCCUUUCGCGCGAUCGGCGUGGAGUACGAUAGGAAAGUGCUGGAAAAAAACUGCGGUCUGGUUUUCGAGGAAAAAGCAGGCACACUGCGCGACACGAUCGAAGACGAGCGGGACACUAGAAAAGAUCUCGAAGAAGAUGAUGUAGAGGAAAAUCGGGAGGUUGAGCAUGCUCAAUGUCAUCGUAUCCUGGUAAGUAGAACCUGCAAGAUCAUAGAAACCAUCGCCACCACCGGUUUGUUGUGUCAAUGCAAAGAUUAGACGCAUUUGCCGAAUAAAAGGACGUAAAUCUACUAAAUGUUGCAGCGCAUCGUACUAGAGGUGUUGGGUUCACCAUCAUCAUCUUUCCGCAAUAACGUGGUCAACUAUGUAUCACAGUAAAUUUGGGUCGGCCGUGGGUGUGAUAGAUUCUCCGUACUUUUGCAUACGAUACCCUGUUCAACCGCUAGUGGACGAGUAGGCCCCAGCGACGCGGCACUUCGGGAGCCCGGACCACAGAAACAGGACUGCUGCCAGAGGUCAGCACUGGCGAAGAUGAAAAACAAGCAGUACCACAGAGGUCCGGAGUUCCUGUGCUCGGACUUUUUUCUUCUUUUUGAGGAAGACACGACAAUGGUGGCUCCACCUGAAGAAAGCCCUGAAGAUUACACGACGACCGGAACAGAGGUGGAAGUAGAAAAACAACAUGAGGGACACAAGAACUGGAACUGCAUCUACGCCUCCCCCACCCUCGCGAGCGAACUGCGGGCGGACAUCAAUCAUGUUGAUGCCGACGCGGUGGACGAGGACAACAGAACAAGUGCAACGAGGACGGAAAAAUCCACCACGAUUUAUUGUCGCACCAAGCUGCGCCGCUUCCUGAAGCAAAACGCCACGAUUGUUUUUCUCUACCUGUUGCCCGAGUUUCACAACAUGCUUUCAAAUAAGCUCAUCCCGAUGCUGCUUAUGCAGGAAAAAAACUGUGUAAGUGUAACUUUGUAGGAAGAACAGCAUCACAAAUUCGUUUUGCAUUACAGGGAAAACCUGUCAUGCGCAGCUAGGACGUGGAAACACGUACGAAAGUAGCCUUUGACGAAGAACCAGCAUGACAAGUGUAUAUAAUUGUGCACUUUCUGCAUCACAGAGUUCCACUCACACAGUUUUUUUCGUGCAUACUGCUGGAUGAAAAUUCAAAAUUGGAACUGAUCAUAGCUUGGUGGUGGCCGUUGGAAGUGUCCGGCGCGGACCUGGGCCUCGUCGACGUCCAGAGGCACUGGAUUGGACACAAAGCGGAGCCCCUCGCGGAUGAGGAGGACGAGCAGGUGGAGGGGCGGGGAGCAAGGGAUCAGAAAGAGGACAGUGGCACCGUGUAUGUGUAUACUCGGCGUCGUCGAAUAAGGGGGGCGAGAAAGCAGAAACAACUUAAUAUUCGACGGCCACCUGCAGUUCCUGGUGUCGAAUCAGUGCAACAUUUGGGUGUAGAAGAAGUUUUCGAGGAGAAUCUCCGCCCCCCAGACGAGCGCCCGUCUUCCAGCGGGUCUAGUCUGUAUUGGGACCCUGAUGGGGGAAUAAUGUAACAUCAAAGUGGUACUGGUACUGAUACUAAUAACAGCCAGAGUAGGUGAUGAAUAAGGGAGAUGUUGCUGCAUCUUGCGAAGCUCGCUUGCAGUUACAGGCCUCGUCCCGCAUGGGGAACUGUUGCUGGUAGGAGUAUGUAUCAGGCCUCACUGCUGGCUGUUGUACGGAGAAGUACAAUAGGACCCCCGGUUCUCACACAGAAGAGCAUCACGAUCACCCGCUCUUGUGUGAAUGAAAGGAAAGUGAAUGAUCCAAAUUCUAGUUGCAGACAGGAUGUCUCGCUGUCGAAAUCGACGCACAGCGGCGAUCUUGAUUUGCAGCUCGUUUUUCCGUAAGUUAAUCACGAAUUCGCUUGGUCUGAUCGCAACGGAUGAUGGAAAAUAUAAACAUGACGCGCAUGGAAUUGGAA